AUGUCGCGACUCUUCCUCAUCAUCGUGACGGUCGGCGUCGUCGUCACGCUGGACUUUCGUUACCACGGCAACAAGGAGAUGGAACAUUACCUCUUACGGGUCAACGCCUCCAACCCGGACAUUGCUCACCUGUACAGCAUCGGACGAUCGGUCGCAGGUCAAGAGCUGUGGGUGUUGGCUUUGGGUCAGAGCUCGCGCCGUCACACCGUCGGCAUCCCCGAGUUCAAGUACGUGGCCAACAUGCACGGAAACGAGGUGGUGGGCCGCGAACUGCUUCUGCAUCUGACGGACGACCUGGUGCGCGGCUACCGCGGCAACAAGACCUGGUCCGUACGGAUACUGAACAGCACGCGCGUCCACUUCCUGCCCACCAUGAACCCGGACGGUUUCGACCAGGCCGAUACCAGUUGUUACCUCGGCCAGGGAAGAUUUAACCGUAACGGCGUGGACCUGAACAGGAACUUCCCCGACGCCUUCGCCGAACGGCGGAACUCGGAAGAGGCCGGCAGAGAGGCCGAGGUCCGGGCCGUGAUGGGCUGGUUGAGGACGGAGACUUUCGUCCUCUCGGCCAACCUCCACGGCGGCGCCCUGGUGGCCAGCUACGCCUACGACAACAGCGACGGAGGCGGCGAGCUGGUGGGCGGGGCCAGCCUCACGCCGGACGACGACGUCUUUGUCCACCUGGCCAAGGUGUACUCGCACAACCACGCCAACAUGCGCCAGGGGGAGCCCUGUGGCGACCAGCCGCCCUUUCGGGACGGAAUCACCAACGGGUACCGGUGGUACCCGCUCGCAGGCGGCAUGCAGGACUACAACUAUGUGUGGGCUCAAUGUUUGGAGGUGACCUUGGAGGUGUCCUGUUGCAAGUUCCCCCCCGCCGACAGACUCCCCGUCCUGUGGACGGACAACAGGAAGAGCCUGCUGGCCUUCAUGCGGCAGAUCCACUUGGGGGUUAAAGGCCGGGUGCUGGACGGCUCGGGAGCGGCGGCGCCGAACGCCGCGGUGGAGGUGACCGGUCGCCACAACAUUCGUCCUUUCAAGACGGACAAACGCGGAGAAUACUACAGACUGCUGCUGCCCGGGAACUACACUUUUACCGUGACGUUCCCCGGUCACGAGAUUCUGACCGAGAGUUUUUGGGUCCCUUACGGUCCGGACGGCUAUUCGGCGCUGACGCACGACUUUCUGUUGCGUCGAAUCGAGCCCUCGUCCGCUCGCCCUUCGUCCCCCGGGUGGGCGCUCGGUUUGACGCUGGCUCUGUUGGGCACCGUCGGCUGA